AUGGUUGUGACCUUUCUAGUGAUUAGGGAUGCUGGAUCGACUACUUCAACGGCUAUACUUGUUGGUGACCGUUUAAUAGUUGCAAAUGUUGGGGAUUCCCGAGCUGUUAUCUGCAGAGGAGGCAAUGCUAUUGCUGUGUCUCGUGAUCACAAACCCGAUCAAAGCGACAACGGAUUGAGAAUGCUGGAGGAUUUGUCAUAUGGGCUGAUCUGCUAUGAUGUGUUAAAAUUCUUAUUUUUAUUGUGGCUGAAAAUUAUCUCUGUAGGAACUUGGAGAGUGGGAGGUGUUCUUGCAGUUUCUCGUGCAUUUGGUGACAGGCACUUAAAGCAGUAUGUUGUUGCUGAUCCAGAAAUUCAGGAGGAAAAAAUUGACAGCUCUCUUGAGUUCCUUAUACUUGCAAGUGAUGGGCUGUGGGAUGCUGUAUCGAAUGAGGAGGCGGUGGCAAUUGUAAAUCCUAUACAGGAUCCUGAGCAAGCAGCAAAGCAGCUGAUGCAAGAGGCAUCCCAGAGGGGUAGCUCAGAUAACAUCACUUGUGUUGUGGUCCGUUUCUUGGUCAAUCAAGGAGGUCCUUCUUGCAAUCCUUCUGCCAACCAAAGAGGUUCUCCCCAUUCUCGCAAUGUUUCUGCCAUUCAAGGCGGUUCUUCUUGCAAUUUUUCUGCCAUUCAAGUAGGUUCUCCUCGCAAUGUUACUGCCAAUCAAGGAGGUCCUCCUCUCAAUGCUUCUGUCAAUCAAGGCGGUUCUUCUCGCAAUGUUUCUGCGUAAGCAAAACAUAACCCUUUUCAAUAGUAAUAGCUAGUCAAAGAAAACUUGUGUAGGCUACUGAUGUACAUUACAUCUGUUGCAGAAACGAUGUGCGGUUGUAAAAGGGCUUCGAAGUCUUAAAA